AUGGCAGAUAAGUCAUAUACUUAUUCCGUUGAGGAGCCGAAUGUACCUCCAUCAUCUUCCUCAUUUAUUGGCGCUGUGACAGCAGGCGGAAGAUCAAUGGUAAUUCAAUUUACAUCGUUUUAUCUGCGUGCUCCCAUGAAGAUUUUUAGACCUGCAAAAUAUGACUACACUUAUUACCUCAGGGUUCUGUCAGAUCAUGAUAAUAAAGCGUUAGAUAAUAAAAUAUAUAAGCAGAGUGGAUAUAGGAGCAGUAGGAGCUGGUUUUGGAAUCCAAAAUAUACGUAUUUCCUGGAGAAUUCGUCGAUUGGUGUGUUGACAAAAGCUUUGAAUAAAUAUGGGUGGAAAGUGCUUCCUGAUAGAGUUUUACCUCCUCUGCUAUUGAAUUCUGCUGCCGGUGUGGUUCUUUAUACUACCUAUUUGUCUAGUUUGUCAUAUUUUGGCAGUUCCUCUGAGAACGAAUCAGGAGGACAUCCUGCGAUUUCAAAUGUGCUAAAAGCGGGAUUUUUGGCUGGUACAGCUCAGGCAAUUGCAUCAGCACCUAUUGACGCCAUUUAUACAAGAUCUUCUGCUAAUGAGCUCCUUUCGUUAACCAAGAAACAUAGCAAUUUGUGGCAAUAUGGAAUUGCAAAGUUCAAAGAAAUAGGGCUUAUUGGUUGCUUUGGUGGUUUUGGCCUUUCCUUUUUAAAAGAGAGUCUUGGUUUUGCAGUAUAUUUCACCACUUUCGAAUUUCUCAAAGGUCAGGCAUGUAGCGGGAUUGUUGCAUCCGUCAACAGAUAUCGUGAGCUCAAAUAUUCUACCGCGUAUUCCCAUAUAUUAAAUCCAUAUAAAGAAGAAUCUAAUGAGAACCAGGAACCGGUUUCCACUUCUUUUGUGAGCAAAAGAGAAUUAGAAUGGUUUCAAAGAAGUUUUACCUUUGUGGGUGGUGUUACAGCGGCAUUUUUCUUACAAUUGAUUCAAUACCCAAUGCUGAAGUUACAGAAAGUUCACAUAACAAGGUUAGAGGCAAUCGAUAUCUACCAAAAAGCAGUAGAAAAUAAAUCAAAUUCAUAUCCAGUAAAAAGCUUGCAGGCAGCAAAACUGAAGGUGCGACCACGGGAUACUGGAUUGAUUCACCUAUAUUAUAAUUCCUACCUUGACACUUUUGAACACAUAAAAUUUCUAAAUAAAAAUACCAGUAUUCGACGUUGGUUGUACAAAGGCUUCAUUAGGAAUACGCUAGCACUUAUUCCUGGAACUACAGCAGGCUUGCUUGUUUUGGAAUACAUGCGAAGUAAUCUAGACGAUGAACUUGAUGUUAGGAAAUUUGUAGAGUGA